UUUGGCCCUCGGGUUGUUCCGUAGUUUUCAGCCAUGGCUUCCUCAGAGCCGCAGCCUCGGUUCGGUCAGUCUGUUAAAGGUUUGUUGUCUGAUAAAGUCGGCUGUUGUAGUGGAGAUGUGAUCGCUCUUACACGCCAGAUAUUAAAGGGAUCCCGUAGCCAAGAGCUGCUCGGUCAGGCAGCAAGAAAUAUGGUGAUCCAGGAAGACGCCAUUCUGCACUCUGAGGAUAGUCUAAGGAAAAUGUCUAUAAUAACUACUCAUUUGCAGUAUCAGCAAGAAGCCAUCCAAAAGAAUGUGGAGCACUCACGAAUCCUUCAGGAACAGCUUAUACACUUGUUAAAAUAAUGCACUGGCAAGCUAUAUUGAUGACAGGUUUAACUUGGACUUUGGGUUGUUCCUCACACUUUGUGCAGAGUGUUGCACUCCAAAGAGACAUGUGCGCUUUGAUUGUCUGCUAAAUAGUCCUGUAUGUCUUGAGGUAACGUCUAAUUUACAGGAAUUAUUUGUCUAUGUUUUGUUUUUAUGUAAGUUCAUAACCAACAUUGUUAAAUUUAAUCAUUUUUAGGUGAAAACCUAAGUAUUGUCAGUGUUAAAUGUGCUUGCUUAAAACAAGCACAUUUUAAUUAGCAGUUUACUACUGAUUUAUAUGUUAACUUAUUGUGCUUUUUGCCUAUUUGAAUGAAUAAAAUUGUCUUUUUUAAAAUCAUUGUUAUAUGCUCAAGUGAAAUCACAUUCUCUGCAGGAAUGUCAGUAGAAUGUGUAAUAAAGCCUCUCCCACUUGUAAUAUCAGUAGUGCUUCAGCAAGGUCAAACAGAUGUCUGUCCUAGAGCACAGCCUUGAUCAUUACUCCCAGAAAGCUUUGGAUUACCCUUCAGGGUUUUUACUUAUCUCUGCAAGCUGUGUGCACAAGAAUUUUAGACAAAACCAGCCUAAAGGGUGCACAGACAAUAAUAACACAUAGGAUCAACUAUUAAAAAGAGUCUUUGGAGUAUAACUUGGAUAAACAGAAAUGUGUUUUAUCCAAACCUAUUUCGAGUUUGGAUCCAUAGGCCAACUCUUUCUUAAGCUAAAUGUUCUAUUUUUUAUUUUUUUUAUUUUAGACCCAAUAAACAAUAGAAUAUUGAAUAGAAUCAGACCUAUUAAGGUUGCAAAUUUGAUACAAAGUGUGCCUUGAGUGUAAACAAAAUGUCUUGUGACCUUAGAAGACUUUAGAAGUGAGAGGUAAAAUUGUGUAAUUUAUGUACAUGACUGUUGGAUUGAAGGUUUAGGUUGCUGUCCUGAAGUUGAUUGCACCAACAUGCAUUAUACCUGUGUCUAAGUGGUUGUAAUUUACUGUACAUUUAAGACUGUUUCACCUUUUUGUGAACUGUUUGCAUGAAUUGGCUUAAUGUAAACAUGUAGACAGUGCAGUUUUUACUUUAACCACGUUACACUUUUUAGCAUGAACUGUAUGUUGGUAUGUCACACUCAGAGUAUUCUUAAUAGUUCUCUUCUUUAAAUGAUUUUAGAUCAUAUUACUGUAAAUGUGUAGUAUAGUAAAAUAUCUAUUUUUCUGUG